CAGGAUGGAGUGUGAGCUUCAGGAAGAAGUUAACUAUGGUCUCACAGACCAGCUGCGCAGCCCUGUAAAGAAGAGGGUGAAAAUACAGGCGAGGGGCCAAUGGGCAAGCAAAACAGAGUUCAUCCUGGCUGCUGCUGGGCAGAUUGUCGGGCUGGGAAACUUGUGGAGGUUCCCCUACCUGUGCUACAAAAAUGGAGGAGGCGUGUUCUUGAUUCCCUACCUGCUGUUCCUGGUGUUCCGCGGGAUACCUCUGUUCCUCCUGGAGACGGCUCUGGGGCAGUACACCAGCCAGGGGAGCAUCACCGCUUGGAGGAGAAUCUGCCCCCUCUUUGAAGGCAUUGGAUAUGCCAGCCAGGUGAUUAUUGGCUACAUUGUUGUAAGCUACAUCAUCAUCCAGGCUUGGGCUCUCUUCUACCUGUUCCACUCCUUCAGCUGGGAGCUUCCCUGGGCUAGCUGUAGAAACACCUGGAAUACAGGUACCUGUGUGGAAUUUGAUAAGCAUAACAUCACAUCCAAUGGGACGAUUCCAGAAAAUGCUACAUCACCGGCCACAGAGUUCUGGGAGAGGCGGGUGCUGAGUAUAUCUGGUGGGAUCGAGGAGGUGGGCAGCCUGCACUGGGAGCUGAUACUGUGCCUCCUGCUUUGCUGGAUUAUCUGCUAUUUCUGUGUCUGGAAGGGAGUCAAAUCCACAGGAAAGGUGGUGUACUUCACGGCCACGUUCCCCUACCUGAUGCUGGCUGUCCUGCUGAUCCGUGGACUCACUCUGCCUGGAGCUGUGGACGGGAUCAUCUUCUACCUCUACCCAGACCCAGCGCGGCUCGCCGAUCCACAGGUGUGGAUGGAUGCAGGGAUACAGAUUUUCUUCUCUUAUAGCAUUUGUGUUGGAAGUCUGAUCAUCCUUGGCAGUUACAACACGUACAACAACAACUGUUACAAGGACUGUAUGUACCUGUGCCUCCUGAACAGUGGAACAAGCUUUGUGGCCGGGUUCGCCAUCUUCUCAGUGCUGGGCUUCAUGGCACAUGAGCAGGGAGUGCCCAUCUCGGAGGUUGCUGAGUCUGGUCCUGGCCUGGCGUUCAUCGCAUACCCGCGCGCUAUGGCCAUGAUGCCACUCCCUCAGCUCUGGGCCUUCUGCUUCUUCCUCAUGGUCUUCCUGCUGGGGGUGGACACUGAGGUGGCAACCGUUUUUAUGACUGCAUAGAAGACAUGAUUGGCUACCGGCCUUGGCCUCUGAUUAAAUACUGUUGGCUCUUCUUCACUCCAGCCAUCUGCAUUGGGACCUUCAUCUUCUCCCUGGUCAAGUACACCCCACUGAAGUACAACAGGACAUACGAGUACCCGACCUGGGGAUACAUCCUCGGCUGGUUCCUCGCUUUCUCCUCCAUUGUCUUGGUCCCUCUGUGGAUCGUCUUCAAACUCACUCAGACCAAGGGGACCAUGCCAGAGCGCCUUCGCCUGCUGUGCCUCCCUGCCAGCGACCUGGCCCUUGUCAAGAAACAGAAAGCAAGCAGAUGCCCUUUCAACUCUGAGCCCAGUCAGCAGUGUGGGGAGACUGAAACAGCCUGCAAGGAAGAGUAUGAAACUGAAGACGCUCCUGUAUGAAGAGAAACGAAAGCUACUUACUUUAAGAAAGGAACAUACUAUUGUAUUUAGUGCAUGUUUAUCCACAACUUUAAACACUCAAUUAUAAAUCUUACGUAAAACUAUUAAAGUGCACCGGGGCGCUAUACAAAUUAGUUACAAGCGCACGGGAUUGUGGGUAACCUUUAACUGGGAAAAGGGGCAAUUAAACAUUCAGAGGACUGUUAUAAAUGUGGGGUGUAUGCUGUGUAAACAUAGGGGACACUGGGUGACGGUGGUUUGGGGGCGAGGGCCAGUGGUCACUGUGAAAAGGGGGAUUCUUCCCUGUGGUGACCCCCUCUGCUUUUAGUGUGUUUAAGCAGACACCCUUUAAACUCUGCAAUAAUAAACUGCUUGAACAUUUGCUGAGUGUGUCAGUUGUCUUUUAGCCAAUCACAUCAUUGUGAUCACUUUCAGGGUGUCCUUGUAAGGGUUAUCUCCAAACCCUUGUCUCGUUACAAUACUACCACGUGUGCACCAGAUACUAUCUUUCUGACUGCAGCAGACAACAGGUGUUCUCGGUGGAUAGGUUAGGAGACAAUCACUAUAUUUUCCUCAUGGCAUAACAACUACGCAAAACUGGAGUGCUUUUAGAUUCAUGCUAUUUUAACGUAAAUACAUUAUUUAUUGCAUCCAGUUGUAGUCUCUUACUAUCGGGAACAUUUCACUUGUUUAUAAAAGCAAAUGUGAAAGGAGCCAUUUGAGUCAUGUUUCAGGAUUUGGGGCUUAAUUAUCUUGAUUUAUCAUGAAGAAAAAUAUACACGUAUGUGCCCUUUCCAUUAUACAUUAGGCUACGUCAUACAAGUUCACAGCUCCUGGAGA